CUUGCGUAGUUACGACACACAAAUAUGGCAUUAAAAACAAGUUUAAAUUAUUAUUAAAGUUAUUUCUCUGAUCAAAAAUAUACGAAAAAUGGAGAAAAUAAUCUGCCUUUUGUUUUGUACUGUUGUAACUUUGUGCUCUUGUGAGGCUUAUAAGAUCUUGGCUGUUCUUCCGAUUCCAAGUCCUAGCCACGGCAUCCUUGGAGACAAUCUGGUUAGACAUCUUCUGAACGCUGGACAUGAAAAUUUGCAAAAGAUUAUGGAUGAAGCAGAGCACGGUGUCAUAUACUUCAGCAUGGGCUCCAAUUUGAAGAGUAAGACUAUGCCGAAUGAACUGAAGAAAGGUCUGUUGAAGGUGUUUGGAGGACUGAAGCAAACUGUCUUGUGGAAGUUUGAGGAGAAUCUAUUGGAUCGGCCCAAAAAUGUUCAUAUCUUGCAAUGGGCACCACAACAGAGCAUAUUGGCUCAUCCCAAUGCGGUACUUUUCGUCACUCACGGUGGUCUCCUAUCACUCACCGAAGCAGUCUACUUCGGCAUUCCAGUUAUUGUUAUUCCAGUCUUCUCAGACCAGUUCCUCAAUGCAAACCAAGCUCAACAUAAAGGAAUUGGGGAACAAAUUAAGCUUUCCUACAACUUAGAUAAGGACUUGAAGGUCACUCUGAAUAAAGUUCUUGGUGAUCUUUCCAAAUAUACUGCCAGAGCAAAAGAAGUAUCUGCAGCAUAUCGCGACAAUCCAGUAAAACCUGGAAAGGAGUUUAACUUCUGGGUGGAACACGUGGUGCGGACGCGCGGCGCUCCACAUCUGCGGUCAGUGGCGCUACAAGUACCGCUGUACCAGCAAGCGUACCUAGAUCUGUUAGCUGUAUUACUGGCAGCGGUUGUUGUUAUAGUACUAGUAGUUAAGAAGAUUGUAUGGUUCCUUACGUCGAAGGGUAAGAAGCUGAAGAAGAAUUGAUUUACGUUUUAAUGUCCAGCACUGGGCGUCUUCUGCUGAAAUGAUGAUGAUGGCACAGAUACAGAGUUUUUUAUACAAGCUUUUUUAAGCGUGAAUUCAACGAUUGAAAAUUGAUUUAAAAUUGUCUUAACAUGAUAGAUAGAUUUAUGGAAAGACUUGUGGAAAGUAUUUAUAUUUUUGUGUGAUUCACGGUCUAAGGCGGACGUUGCGACACCGUUAAUAAAUUAUUAUUACAAAGCGCAA